GAGCAGGAUCUGCCAAGUCGGCCACAGUCUGGAAGUUUACGUCGUGUCGCGCGGUCGAUCAUUUCCAUUGGAACGGAUAGUACGCGGUAUUAGUCCAAGACUCAACAGGAACUAGCAAUCGAAUCAAGAGUUUAUCGCCAGAUCGAACGGAGCUCAUUGACGUACCGACUCGUGCAAAAGUCAAUGAGUCAAGGAGCACCAGUGCACCCGAGAAUCGCUUCCCAGGAGUUCAUUCUUCGGUGUGAUAGUGUUGUCGGAAGAAAGUGUGACAGCUAGAUAGCUGUAGUGAAGUGUAUCGUGCCUGAAAAAGCAAACCGAAAGCCAAGGUGAGCCCGAGGCGAACACGCAAAGCGAGGAACUUGAAAGCAACCAGAAAUGAUCUUAUUGAGCACUAGACACAAACUCAAACCAGUAAUAGACAGUUCUUGACGAUUGGGCUCAAGAAAAGAUCAUUUCCGGAGUACGCAGCAGUAGAACCAACGUACGGAGAUCGCCAACCACCAUCCUGGGCAGAUCGUAAGGACAACCAAGUUUGUCAAUCAACCGGUGGUCAGACACUCGGAGCUGUGGACCAUCAAGCUUCGAACCACCACCCCAAUUUUCAUCUUUGUGAUCGUUUACCCGAUCGGAAACGUUCAUUUUCGAACUUUUCCGCUGCUAACGACGUCAACGUGCCCCCCUGUCAGAGGCUAUCAGAGUACUCCGCAGUACACGCACGCAUUACUUAUCAAGUCUUUAACCACCGAAGCAAUAAAUUAGUACCACCAACCGACUAAAAUGGCACUCGACUUUGCUGCGGGAUGUCUUGGAGGAUGUGCCGGCGUCAUUGUUGGCUACCCUUUCGAUACGGUCAAAGUCCACCUGCAAACCCAGGACUACCGGAAUCCACUGUACAAGGGGACGCUCGAUUGUUUCCGCAAAAUCAUCGCCAAAGAGAGUGUUCGUGGGCUCUACCGUGGAAUGUCCAGCCCGAUGGCAGGUGUAGCUGCAGUCAAUGCUAUCGUGUUUGGAGUUUACGGAAAUGUCCAACGGCGAACUGCGAAUCCCGAUUCGCUGUACUCGCACUUUUUGGCCGGAAAUGCAGCGGGAUUUGCCCAGAGCUUCAUUUGCUCUCCGAUGGAGUUGAUCAAGACAAGACUACAGUUGCAGGAGAAUCUACCGAAGGGAGCUUUCAAGUAUAAAGGGCCGAUGGAUUGUUCACGCCACAUUUGGCGAACCGAGGGAUACCGUGGACUGUUUCGUGGAUUAGGAAUCACAGCAGCUCGCGAUAUGCCCGGAUUCUCCAGCUACUUUGUGGCCUAUGAACUGAUGGUGCGUUCGGUAGCGAAUCCAUCGCCUUUCGUCAUCUUGAUGGCCGGUGGGCUAGCCGGAACCAUAUCUUGGCUAUUCACGUUUCCCAUAGAUGUAGUGAAGUCAAGACUGCAAGCGGACGGCAUGUCCGGUAAACCACAGUACAAAGGAAUCGUAGACUGCCUGCGGAAAAGUCACGCUGAAGAGGGUCUCGCAUUUAUAUCCCGAGGACUCGCAUCAACUUUGCUGCGAGCGUUUCCAAUGAAUGCCGUUUGCUUCCUAGUUGUGUCGUACGUGUUAAAAAUGUUUGACGAACCCAGCUUAAGCGUGGAACUGAAUCCGAGAGAACCCCUGCUAAUGGUACAACAACCUGCUGGAGCAGUCAAAGUGACGCUGAACAAACGACAUCACGAACAACAUGAUCACCACAUUCUGAACAUCAAACAAAACACCUUCCGGUUUCUGAGCUUCCUUGGGGCGUUUAGUGAAGCGGUUUGCUGCGCGGAAAUGGAUGAACUGGCACAUGAUUUACACCUCAACGAAGAUGGUGGUUAUUACUACGCUAAACUUAACGAAUACCUGCAAAGUUCCAACCAAGAGUACUGUAAAAGAUUUCCAUUCCUAGAUUAGUAUGUAGUGCCUUUGUCGUUAUGUAUUAGAAGAAAAACCUCAGUGUCUUUAAUGUAUUGUUGAUCGAAAAUAAACUUCUAUUAAAUUA